AUGUCACUUCCAGCCGCAGCAAAGCAAAUUGUAGUUGUGGUCGGAGCAGGGCCCGGCCUGGGCUUUAGCGUUGCGCGCAAGUUUGCCGAGCAGGGUCACCCGGUAGCGCUUCUGUCUCGUUCGAAAGAUCGUCUCGAAUCGCUAGCCUCGCAGAUCAACAAUCUUUCUGGCCAGCACGGCAAGGCGGUGGCGUAUGCAGUCGACGUACAGGACGAAGCGUCGGUUCACAAGACGAUCGAGCAGGUGCAAGAGCACUUUUCGAGCGGCAAGGCGGGUGCAGAGCAUCAAGGUGCGGCGAUCCACACUGGUGUUUUCAACCCAGGUGGAGGCUUUGCACGAGCUAGCUUCCUCGACACCAAGGCUAGCCAGGUGGAAGAAGCAUUCAAGAUCCAAGUCUAUGGCGGCUUCAUCUUUUCGCAAGCUAUUUUGAGGGCCAUCACCUCGAGUCCAGCUUUCUCACAGACAAAUGAUACCACAACGCCUUUGGGCAAUAUCCUGCUUACCGGAGCCACAGCUUCGCUCAAGGGAAGCGCCAACUUUUCCGCAUUCGCAUCCGCCAAGUUCGGCUUGCGUGCGAUCGGGCAGAGCUUGGCACGAGAAUGGGGACCAAAAGGCAUCCACGUAUCGCACUUUAUCAUCGACGGAAUCAUUGUGACUGAGCGCACCGACUCUCUGAUCGGCAAGGACUACGCUGCCGCAUCGCGCAUGGAUCCGGACGCCAUUGCACAGGUCUACCUCGACACAGCACGCCAGCCUCGCAGCGUAUGGGCGUUCGAGAUUGACCUCCGUCCGUCGGUGGAAGCGUGGUGA